CCAGAGAGGGAGAGCGCGCGGUGUAAGAACACGACGGAAGCACAUAGCUGCGUGUGGUGAAGUUUAGUAUACCUCAUAUAAUAACUAUGUUAUGCUUUUAUUAAACGGAGAAUCAAUUUCAGAAAUCCUCGCCUACUUCGCUAUAUAUAUAUUUAAUUUUUUUAGAUGUGAGGGAAUAAACCUGUCUCACUGCGCACGCACCGCACCAACAUUGUCCGGUGUCGAAUGACUGAAGCUUGCGAAUCUACUGAUGACCACUACUCGAAAUUGUUUGGCACAUUACGGUGUGGCAUUUAGCGUUAGCCUUUUUGGUUGUUUUUCAUCUCCUGCGCUCUUGGAUCUUUUUGGAGAUGUCCGAGUUUAACCAAUCAAAUAUAUCAGGCGGAAACGCUCCGGACCCGGACUACAAGUGGACAUAUGAAUAUUACGACGAUGAGGAGCCUGUUUCGUUCGAGGGACUCAAAGCGCACCGAUACUCUAUUGUGAUAGGCUUCUGGGUGGGCCUGGCUGUCUUUGUCAUCUUCAUGUUCUUUGUCCUGACGCUGCUCACCAAGACAGGAGCUCCACAUCCCGAAGGAGCUGAGCCCCGUAACAAGCGUGUUCAUCUGACCAGCUGUGUGGAGGACCUCUGCCCCCCUGCAGACCCUGUCAACCGGCCCUGCCUCCAUCGCCCCCUACUGGACUCCUCUCUCAGCCGCUCCCUCUUCCACUGCUACAUCAAUGAGGAACAGGCCCAGGCCCAGGGGGGGUCUAGGCCUAGAGCUGGGGCAGGAGCUGUGGGAGCACCCAGAGGAGGGCUGGUCCAGGGGCCGGGGCAAGGCAGGUCAGGCAGCCCAGAGGAGGAGGAGGAGGGGGUGGUGGUGGGGAUAGGAGUAGGGGUAGGUGUCAGCCUUGCCCUGCAAGGGGCUGCCAUGCUGGGGGGGAACCGGACUGACCACAGAGAGGCAAUGUUCCUGUCCCACUUCAACAUCCCUAACGUUGUGAACUCCGAGCACAGCUCCGCCCUGGGGGAGAACGAUCUGCUGCUGGGGGAGCCGCCAAUCAUCAUGGAGGGGGAGUGUCGUUCCCAUGGGGCCCAUCACACGAUUGACUGGGGGAACCGCCAAUCAUCCUAGAGGGGGAGUGUCAUCGGCCACGCAGCGCCCUUCACAAGAUGGACUGUCCUGCCCAUCACACAAUAGACUAUGGUCCAGCUUACUUCUCACACCACCUCCGUUAGGACAUUAUGGAUAAUUAUGAGGACAUCACAGGACUCACCAGCCUUAUAUAGAGAGAGUUGUGUCAACCAAAUUUAUGGAGGUUCAAAUAGGUUCUAAUCUAACAUUCUGUGUUGUGCCGGUCAUGUACAGUGCAAGCUCUCCAAAUUAGGCUGUGGUUCCAGCUUCUCACACCACCUCUGUUAGGACAUUAUGGAUUAUUAUGGAUCCUCUUACUGUAACUGUACAUCCUGCCCUUUUCAUUCUGUUCAGAUUUGGUUCAGGCUAAAAUAGUCCAAAUAUAAUCAUUUAAAUGUACAUAUGUGAGAUGAGCUACUUUUCUAAUCUUUAUGUCAACGAAGUUGCCUACGCAGAGCCAGAACUUGUGACGUCACAUCAACGCUAAACUGGAAGUCCAGCUUCAAGUUGAUUAGAAUGUAUAGUGGUGGAGGCCUUGUGGGAUGGAGACAAGAAGAGGUAAGGACAAUUUGAUGCAAUAACCAAAAUGCACCAGAAAGGCAAGACUCUUCUAUUGGGUUUUCAAUUCAACAGCAGUCUAAAUGUUGUCCUUGUUCAGUACUAAUCGUAGCACACCUGUUCAUCACUCUAAACUGUUAUAUACAGUUGAAGUCGGAAGUUUACAUACACCUUAGCCCAAUACAUUUAAACUCAGUUUUUCACAA